AUGGACGCUGAGGCAACAUUGCAGAAGUCCGCGACACUCGACCUUAUGGACGCAGACUCGACUGUGAUGGACUCGACACCGAGUAAUGCGGGGCUGCAAAACGACGUCGCAGACUACGACACUGCCUCCGAUGAAGGCGUCGACGAUGACGAAUUGGGACCAAAGACACCAAAAAAGCCGUUCGACCCUCGGCGAUGUCUCUUCUGCAAAUCUUACGCUGUCGGCUUUAAUGAAAGCCUCGAGCACAUGACCAAGAAGCACAGCUUUCUCAUUCCAAACGAGAGCAAAUUGAUAGUCGACCCCGAAAUCUUCAUUGAGUACCUCUACCUCGUGGUAUUUGGCUACUUUGAAUGCCUGUACUGUGGUUCUCCACGACAGACUUUGCAAGCGGCGCAGCAGCACAUGGUGGGGAAAGGCCAUUGCAAGAUUGACAUCGACAAGGAAGACUCUGAGUACCGCGAUUUCUACCAGGUAGAGUUUGGAAGCACUUUCGACCAAGCACGGGACCUAAUGACCACGGUCGUGCACGAGAGGGAAGAGUCGGUCCGCUUGGCUUCGGGGAAAGUCUUGGCUCGCCGGACGCCGGGGCGAGGGAAGGCCGAUCGCGUAAGGAUACUACAGACACCACAAGAGCCAGGGCAAUCGGCGUCCCGGCACACGAGCAUGGAUAUAAAUGAGGUUCCGGGCGAAAUACCCAGCACCAACACUAAAAGACUUGCAAAAAGGGAAGCGGCUCUCCAGAUGCAGCUGGCGAGUCUACGAGCCACGGAUAGAAUGGGCUUAAUGCAUUUGCCAACGUGGAAACAGAGGGCUGUGGUGAUGGAGAGCAAGAAGCAGGUGGAGAAGGCCAGGGAUCAGGCAAACAAGAUGCUGCUCCAGAUCCAGCUCAAGGCUAACAAAACACUCAAAGGCUGAUCAAGGAUAGAAUAACA